GGAAAACUUCCGGUUUUCUGUAAGCAUGGCCGCCCCGUGUCUGUGAAACGUGCAAGUAGUACAGUUACGUUAUACAUAACAUGUUUUAAAUGUUCCGAACGACAUGUAGCCUAUAUUAUAUUUUAGCUUCUACCUAUAAUUGCUGGGCUGCUUACGUUUAGGAAACACAGACCUAGACUUGCGCAUCGCUAUUUAGCUACCAUUUUGAGUAGCUGGCUAGCCAACUAUUUAGCUCGUUUGCCACUGAAGGCAAAUCUUGAAAACGUAGUUUUUCAAAAUCGUGUCUAUCAAGAAAGUUUUGUUAUUUUUUUGUCACAGGCGCACGCCUGUAGAACAUUUUAUCCAACAUGUCAUCCAGCCAGACGUUAUUUGUACAGAAUCUGCCUGCCACUGCCUCCAACGACCGAUUGGAAGAGAUAUUCUCCGAGAUCGGACCCGUGAAACAUUGUUUUGUAGUUAAUGACAAAGCAUCUGGCAAAUGCCGAGGUAUUGGCUAUGUCACCUUCCCUAUGGCAGAGGAUGCCCAGCAGGCACUGAGCCAAAUUCGAGAUUAUGAUGGACAGAAGAUUCGUGUGUCAAUCGCAAAGAAAAAGAUCAUUGUCAAGAAGAAAGGAGCUUCAGAAGAAGUGCCAGUCCCCAAGAAGACAACUAAAGGUGACCAAGCUAAAGGUGAACAAGCUUUCAGAAAGAACAAGAAGAAGGCUAGACUUAUUAUCAGAAAUCUCAGUUUCAAGUGUUCUGAAGAUGAUCUGAAGCAGGUUUUUGCAAAGUAUGGAACAGUUGUGGAAGCCAGCAUCCCUCUUAAAUCAGAUGGGAAGAUGCGUGGGUUUGCCUUCGUCCAGUUCAAGAACAUGGUGGAGGCCAGCAAGGCUCUGAGUGGCACUAACCUGAAGGAGAUCAAAGGGAGGCAAGUGGCUGUUGACUGGGCCAUUGCCAAAGACAAGUUUGUUGGGAAACUGCCUAAAUCUGCAGAAGUAAAAGCAGAGACCACAAAACCUGAGGAAGGAAAAUCUGCUGUUGCUGAGGAAGGUGAUGAUGGUGAAGGGAACAGUGAUGAGGAUUCUGGAUCUGAAGAGGAAGAUGACGAGCCGAAUAAAAAAGUCACACAAAAGUCAACAGCUGUGCCAAAGAAAGCCCAAAAACACCAGUCUGAUGAUGAUGACGAUGAGGAUGAUGAUGGCGACGAUGAUGGAAAUGAUGAUGAUGAAGAUGAUGACGAUAAAGAUAUGGAGGAGGAAGAACAAGAUGACUCUGAAUCUCAAGGCUCGGAGAGUGAUGACGAUAGUGGCCAACUAUCAGAAGAUGAUGACAGCUAUGAUGAUGAUGAUGAUGACGACGAAGAUGGUUUGUCGAAGAAGAAGAAGAAGAAGAAGAAGAAGAAGAAGAAGAAGGCAGACUUGCCAUCCGAUGUGAACGAGGGGAAAACAGUCUUCAUCAGGAAUCUGUCCUUUGAUACGGAGGAAGACGGCCUGGAGGAAGCGCUCUUAAAGUUUGGAGAGCUGAAUUACAUCCGUGUUGUUAUCCAUCCAGACACAGAAACCUCUAAAGGUUGUGCUUUUGCUCAGUUCAAAAGCAAGGAGGCAGCAGACAAGUGCAUUGAAGCUUCUGAGGAAGCCGCUGCGAGUGGGGGAAUCCGUGUGGACGGCAGGCGGUUGAACAUAGUGGCAGCGGUGAGCCGAGAGGACGCUGUCAAACUGAAGGACAAGAAAGUGAAGAUUCAGACAGGCGUCAGAAACCUUUACCUGGCCAGAGAAGGCUUGAUUCGUGCUGGAACAAAAGCAGCUGAGGGUGUGCCUGAAACAGACAUGGUCAAGAGGGCCAGAUUUGAGGACCUGAAGCGAGCAAAGCUGCGGGACCUCAACAUAUUUGUGUCCAAGACGCGGCUUUGUGUCCACAACCUGCCCAAGUCUGUGGACCAGAAGCGGCUGCGAGGUCUCUGCAUCCAGGCGGCCGGAGGCGGCAAAGCAGUUUGGAUCACUGAGUGUCGCGUGAUGUACGACAGGAAACCAGAGAGAGGUCAGGUGAUGGGGCAGUCACUGGGCUACGGCUUUGUGGAGUUCCGGGAGCACGAGCACGCCCUCAAAGCCCUGCGGCACCUCAACAACAACCCUGACAUCUUCGGCCCCAACAAGAGGCCCAUUGUGGAGUUCUCUUUAGAGGAUCAGCGGAAACUAAAGAUAAAGGAGAUGCGUAAACAGCAGAACAAGCAGCAAUUCAGGAAGACUACAGAAAACCAAGACGACACAGCAGCUAAAGGACCAUGGAAGCAACAGCAACAGCAGAAACACAAACAAUCCCAGCAGCAGAGCUCCAAACAACCCCAACAGCAGCAGAACCCCAAACAGAAUCAGCAGCAGCAGCAGAACCCCAAACAGAAUCAGCAGCAGCAGAACCCCAAACAACCCCAGCAGCAGCAGAGGAGCCCACAGAAGAGGAAAGGCCAGGGGCAGGAGGAGGCCAGUGGCAGCCGCUUCUCGGGCUUCAGGACCACACCCGAGGUGGAGCAUGUGGAGCUGGCUGAUGGCAAGAAGCGCCGCAAGGUUCUCCCUCUGCCCUCCAAACGAGGCCCCAAGAUCAGGCAACGAGACAAGGGGAAACGGCCGCCAGUCCAGCCGAAGACUGUGAAGAAGGGCCCCACCAGGAAAGAGCAGCUGGCUGUGCGCUCUCUAGAGAAAGUCAGCCAGCCUAACAAACAGAGUGCCAAGUCAGGCAAAAAGAGGUUCAGGAAUAAGGAGGAUGACCGAUUCGAUAGCUUGGUGGAACAGUACAAGAGGAAAUUAAUGGGCAGCAGCACCAAAACCCAAGUCACUAAGAAAAACAAGUGGUUCAGCAGCUGAGUGUUUGUGUGUUUGUGUGUUUGUGUGUUUGUGUGUUUGUGUGUUUGUGUGUGUGUGUGUGUGUGUGUGUGUGUGUGUGUGUGUGUGUGUGUGAGAGAGAGAGAGAGAGCAGGCUUUGAGAGGCCUGUGUGUCAUGUUCAUAUGCCAAGUUGUUUUUGAUGAUUAUCAGACUGUCAUCUUCGUGUAAAUUGGAAUAAUUUGCAGGAAAAAAUUAAAAAACGUUUUUUGUAUUA